UCCCCCGGGCCGGGGGGAGGCGAUGGGGCUUGAGAGAGCGGCCGUGGCGGGGCUGGGCGGCCGCCUGAGCGCAAACCGGGAGCCGGGGAGGGAGCAAACGGGGACAGAAAGCGAAAACGUCGGGUGGAGCGGUCGGACUGUGAGACCCAGGCAGGUGGUCACUGCAGAGAUGUCCAGCAAGCCACAGAUCCGUCCUGCUGAAAAUGGAGAGCAUUGCAGGAGUAAAAUGGAGAAUGGAAUGGACAGUGUGGCUCCCCCCACCCUCAGUACCUACACACCCGAAGAGAUGGUACAGCAGAUGAAAGAGCUGAUCACUGAAAACAACGAGUUAAAAGAAGCGAUGAAGUUGCACAACCAAGCAAUGAAGGACCGCUACGAGGAGCUCUCCAUCUGGCGGGAGAAGCAAAAGGAAGAACGAGAGUUUUACGAGACCAAGUUUAAAGAAGCCAAGCAGUGCUUGCUUGCCAAGUGCGUUGAGAAUGAGCAGCUGCAGCAACAACUUCAGAGCUUAAAGGAAAGAGAAGAAGGAGCUGAAAUGGAGGGCUGUGCAGCUCCCGAGAAGGAAGCGAGGCAGCUCAAGUCCAAGGUGCAGCGGCUGCAGGCUGAGAAGGCAGAUCUGUUAGCCAUCAUUUCAGAACUGCAGGUCAAGCUGAACAUCGCCUCAGCAGAAGACUCCUUUGUGGAGAUUGGGAUGAAUGAAGAAGUAAAUAGAACUGCAAAAGAAAAUCAAGAUAAUAGCAGUGAAGUGGCCACUAACAUCGCUGUCUACAUCAGGAGCAAAUCUGCAGAUGAGUCCAAGAAUUUGGAAUCUGAGGAGCUGACUGUGAGCCAGUUACUUUGCUGCCUUAGAAAUGAAACUGAGAGGAGGGAAAAACUUGAGAAGGAGCUGCUGGAUCACAAAGAAAGACUUUCAAAGAUGGAGAAUGAAACAAGCAAUUGCCUGGAGAGUGGGACGCAAACUAACCAGGAAGAAGAGAGUUCAGAGACUAUUGGCAGUGAAGUAGAAAGUCUGAAGAAGCAAGUUUGUGCCCUCUUUAAAGAGCUCCAAGAGGCCCACGAGAAGUUAAAAGAAGCAGAACUAAUUCAGAAGAAACUUCAAGAAAAGUGCCAAGCAUUGGAAAGAGUAAACUCAGCUGCUGCAAUGGAAUUGGAGGAGAAGCAGCAGCUCAUAUACACCAUCAAGAAGCUGGAGCUUCAGGUGGAGAGCGUGCAGGCAGAGGUCAAGCUAGAACAAGCCAAGACACAGGACGAAAAGACAAGAUACAGUAGCUUGCAGGACGCUUACAACAAACUCCUUCCUGAACUCACUGAAGCAAUGAAAACAAUCAGUGAGAUGAAAGUCAAAGAGCUUGACAGGGUGGAUAAAGUUGUGGUGGAAGAACUGAAUGCAAAGGUGUUGCUGGCAGAACAAGCUCUUGCUGCAAAGCAGCUCCAGAUGGAUGAAAUGAAGCAGCUAAUUGCUAAGCAAGAGGAGGACCUUGAAACCAUGGCUGUGCUCCGUGCUCAGAUGGAGGUUUAUUGUUCUGAUUUCCAUGCCGAGAGGGCAGCAAGAGAGAAGAUCCAUGAGGAGAAGGAGCAGCUGGCUGUCCAGUUGGCAUACCUGCUAAAAGAGCAGCAAAACCUUGAAGAUCUUGGCCGAAGCUCUUUGGCGGAGAUGCAGAAUCGCCAUGGAGCCAGGGCACCAGACCGGGAGCACUCGCCUCGCCUUGUCCAGAGAGGAACUGGUAGUCAAGAAUGGCCAGAGCAGCGGAAUAUCUCAAUAUACUCCUGUCCAAAAUGUGAAGAAAUUCUGCCCGAUUUGGACACGCUGCAGAUUCAUGUUAUGGACUGCAUUAAUUGAAUAACGCCCUCUUGUUCUUCAUGUACUGGAAUUUCACCUGCUGAACAUAAUUUUUUUUUCUUUCUGCUAGAGUAAGUUCAUUCUACAUCCAGCAAAGGAGAUUUUCAAGGUUUUUCUCAUUUAUUCAAUGGAAAAACAGAAAAUCUCUUACCCUACCCUGUACUCACUGAACUUGUUUUAACAAGAGUUAGGAAAUGAAUUCUUACAGGUUAACAACAUGGACGCAUUAAGAAACUCCCUGUGUGUCUGCUGCAAUGAAAUCUUGAAGGAACAUUCCCCUGAUGUGCUCUGCUCUUACAGCUACCCUGGGCUGGGCUGAAUUGCUGGGCUGAAUUGCUGCAGUAAAAAAGGAGAUGAGAGAUAUGCCCAUCAGUUCAACUACCGUAAGCCUGUAAAUACUUCAUCUCUCAUAUACUAUUAAUCAGGAAACUAAUAUGUUCAACAGCUGUUUGAGAAGCUUCCAAUAAAAUGGAGUGUUUCGUAUUCAUUGAGCAUUUAAAAUGAAGCCACCUCUUUCUCCAGAUGGCAGUUUAGUUGCUGUCCUUGUGACCAUACUAAUCUGAUGUUAUAUUUUUGAUGGCUUACAUAACUUCUUGCUUUAGUUGGACGUAGGUAAGGUUUAAGACAGAUCACUGAGGUCUGGUAUAUGUAGCUCCUGGUGUACCCAAGUCACUGGGUUUUAUAAAACUGUUUAUUUUUAAGGUGUUGCCUUGAUUCUUCUUUAUUGUAAUAAAUUUAUUUGAACCUGUACAGUAUUGUGUUAGAGAAAGUUGAAAUGGAUGUAACCUAAUUUAAAGAGAGGAGUAUAAUGGAUUUUCAAAUCUCAAAAUAAAUCUAUUGCAAGUAUAAAAUUA